AUGAGAAGUCAGUUUGAGCUGAGAUCCUCGAAUGGACACCCUCUUAAUGCUGUAUCCUUGCAAGAUGAAGGUUCAGCUGCAAAUCCUCAGGCAGAUGAAACUCACUUGUCUGAAUUGGGACAUGAGGAUUCAACCCUUAGUAUUACUGUUGUUGGUGCUUCGGGUGAUCUUGCAAAGAAGAAGAUAUUUCCUGCCCUUUUUGCUCUUUACUAUGAAGAUUGGCUGCCUGAGAACUUUGUGGUUUUUGGUUAUUCUCGGACAAAAAUGAAUGAUGAGGAGUUACGUAACAUGAUCAGUAGAACUUUAACUUGCAGAAUUGAUCAAAGGGAAAACUGUGAUGAAAAAAUGACACAGUUUCUAAAGAGAUGCUUUUAUCAUUCGGGUCAAUAUGAUUCCGAGCAGCAUUUUUCGGAAUUAAACAGCAAGCUGAAAGAAAAAGAGGGUGGUAGACGAUCAAAUAGGUUAUUUUAUUUAUCCAUACCUCCGAAUAUUUUCGUGGAUGUUGUGAGAUGUGCCAGCUCAAAAGCUUCUUCAGAAAAUGGGUGGACGAGGGUCAUUGUCGAGAAACCAUUUGGCCGAGACUCUGAAUCAUCUAGCGAGCUCACUAGGUGUCUAAAGCAGUAUCUGAAUGAGGACCAAAUAUUCCGAAUUGAUCAUUAUUUGGGGAAAGAGUUGGUCGAGAAUCUUUCGGUUCUUCGUUUUUCAAAUCUCGUGUUCGAGCCUCUUUGGUCGAGGAAUUACAUUCGUAAUGUGCAGUUUAUAUUUUCUGAAGAUUUCGGUACAGAAGGACGAGGAGGGUACUUUGACCAUUAUGGGAUCAUUCGAGAUAUUAUGCAAAAUCAUCUGCUGCAAAUAUUGGCGUUAUUUGCAAUGGAGACCCCUGUCAGCUUGGAUGCUGAAGAUAUUAGGAAUGAGAAGGUCAAAGUCUUGCGGUCAAUGAGGCCACUGAAGCUUGAAGAUGUGAUAGUAGGCCAGUAUAAGGGCCACAGGAAGGUUGGAAAAUCGUACUUAGGCUACACAGAUGAUCCAACGGUGCCUAGCAACAGUAUAACUCCAACAUUUGCAGCUGCAGCCCUUUUUAUUAAUAAUGCCCGUUGGGAUGGGGUCCCUUUUCUCAUGAAAGCCGGAAAAGCUCUGCACACCAAACGGGCUGAAAUUAGAGUUCAGUUCAGACAUGUUCCGGGUAAUCUGUACAAGCGAAACUUCGGGACGGAUUUGGACAAGGCCACAAAUGAACUAGUUCUUCGUGUACAGCCAGAUGAAGCUGUAUAUUUAAAAAUUAACAACAAGGUUCCUGGUCUUGGAAUGAGACUCGACCGAAGUGACCUUAACUUGCUUUACAAAGCCAGGUACCCAAGGGAAAUACCGGAUGCCUAUGAAAGACUUGUUCUAGACGCGAUUGAAGGAGAACGGAGAUUAUUCAUCAGAAGUGACGAACUCGAUGCUGCGUGGGCCUUAUUCACGCCAUUGCUUAAGGAAUUGGAAGAAAGAAAAAUUGCACCCGAGUUAUAUCCGUACGGGAGUAGAGGACCUGUUGGGGCCCACUAUCUCGCUGCUAAACAUAAUGUCCGAUGGGGAGAUCUCUCGGGCGAUGAGGACUGA